UUCGUUCUAUGCGGUUUCCGCUUCCGGUGCCGCCGGGCGCUGCCGAGGAUCCAGGCAACUGGUCUGCGAAGCUCCCGGGCAGGGGGGGAGCGCUGCGUGACGUCACGGGCCGGGCUCUGACGUCACUUCGGUGCCCAGCUCCAUGACGUCAGGAGCGAAUAGGUGAGCUGUCUCAUUAUGGAACGAAAAGAUGGACCCCCGAACGAGGAAAGACUUCCAACACCAGGGGCAGAGAGAGAAGGGGACGUCCACCCAGAAUUAGAGGGGUAUGGAGAGAGUUUCCCUGACAUGAAGAGACAGAGCGAGAGUUCUUCAGACUUGAAGAGAGUGGAAGGAGAGGCAGAAGAAGAACUAGAUCCCCGAAUACAGGAAGAGCUGGAACGUCUGAACCAGGCGAGCGAGGAGAUCAACCGACUGGAACUACAGCUGGAUGAUGCCCGCACAGCCUAUCGUCGUAUUCUCACCGAGUCUGCAAGGCGUCUUAAUACCCUGGCCACUCAACUGGGAGCUUGUAUUGAAAAGGCAAGACCAUACUAUGAAGCUAGAAGAUUGGCCAAAGAGGCUCAACAGGACACACAAAGUGCAGCCCUGCGAUAUGAAAGGGCAGUGAGCAUGCACUCGGCAGCCAGGGAGAUGGUAUUUGUAGCUGAACAGGGAGUAACUGCUGACAAGAAUAGACUGGACCCCACGUGGCAGGAGAUGCUAAAUCAUGCAACAUGCAAGGUAAAUGAAGCAGAAGAGGAGCGGCUACGCAGUGAAUUUGAACACCAGCGCGUGACCCGUCAAUGUCACGAAGCGGAAGCCAAAGUGCAGACCUUACAGAAGAGCCUGAAACGUGUCAUAUUAAAAAGUCGCCCCUAUUUUGAGCUGAAGGCACAGUUUAACACUGUGCUAGAGGAACACAAAUCUCGUGUUACCUCUCUAGAGACCUCUGUGUCCCAGGCAAAACUUUGCUACUCUGGAACACUACGCAAUUUAGAGCAGAUCAGUGAAGAGAUUCAUGCUCGCCGCACUCAAGGUCCUCUCCUUACCCUCCGUGCCCCUCCCCUUGGAGCUGAAGCACCUGCUUCCAUGUUGGAUGGAGAAGGGGGUACAUCGUCAGACACCAUAUCUCUUCUCAGUUUGCAGACCAUUGCAUCAGAUCUGCAGAAGAGCGAUUCUGUAGAACACUUGAGAGGCUUGGGGGAUGUAACCAGUCUAGAUGGAAGAGGGACUGAUGAGGAGAAUGGUGGGGAAAAUAGGGAGAGAGGCGGAGAAAGAGGUGGAGGAGGGGCUUUUAGGCAUAACAGGAGUGUAAGUCUGUGAAGUGGAAGUAAUUGGAUGGGGCAUGUUACCCCUUAAAGAAAGCUUUGCAACAAUUUAUGGCUAUGGGCUUAGUGGGGUUUGCUAUCAGAUACUCCUUGGUAUGAUUGAGGCAGAGACGUCUUAGCAGGUUGCACUCUAGCUUUUUUGAACUGCGUUUACCAUAAUGCUCCAACCGUGACUGGAAAAUGUAAUCCACAACAGCUUGAGUGCCAAUGAUGUGAGGUGUUUAUUGGUAAACAAAUAGCUUGACUGGAGGGUCACAUGCUGGAAAAGUUGACUUCAUGCAGAGAUGGUAAAAUGGGGCAUUUAGAUUAUUUAGGGGACAGUAGGUUUCUAUGACAUUUUAGCUAACCUUUUGGCUUGGCACAGAAGCAUUUGAGAAUGGGAGACUAUUGGCUUGUCAAAAAGAUGCAUAUUCUGUCAUAUCUGGUAGACUGCUAACAAGUAUUUUUUUUUUUUAUUAUCAAAUAAGACUGAUGCUGUGUUAGAUGCUUCUUCCUUUGGCUGAAUUUGGGCAGAAGGAGAAACCCAAAUUUCUUAAAAGAAUGCGUGGAGUGCAUGUGCUGAUAGCUUGGGCUCUAGAUUAUUAAUUCUCAAUAUUAUCCUGAAUGUCCGCCAAUGAGCCAAUACUAAGGUUAAAUAUCAGGUUUACCUUUGUAACAGCAAGGGGUAAUCUGCAAAUUCUAGAUCGUUGAUGGACCUUAAAAAUGUAAUUGAGAAGACCUGCUCAUGGUCAUCAGUUCUCAAAAUCUGGCCUCAGCCCACGUGAUGAUUUUCGAGUCAAAACCCAUGAAUUUUACCGAUGUUCCAGUCAUAUUGAAAGAACUGUCAGACAUGGCAUGAGGCAGACAGAACGAAUCAUGAGCAUUAAGCAAUAAACACGGCACAGAAAGAUUCCCCGAUCAUGCUCACACAAACCUUGUUGUCUUGAAGUUUGCCUCUUAUGAUCAGAGUGCUUGUUGUUUCCAAACAAUUGUGUCAAAGUGGGGAUAUCUAAAAUCACAUUGUGUUGGCUAGGCUGGAGGUCAGAGAACUACUGUUCAAUAUGAAUUUAACAAGUGUUUAUAGCAGGAGGUACAAGGGAACAAUCAGAGCAAAAUUCUGAUAUUCUAGUUCUGAGGACAGUGUAGUCAGGCUGGAGAUGUCUUGCUGCUAUGAGAACUCUCUCUGUUUGAUGCAGCACUCAGAAUGUUUUUAUUUUAAUCACUAUAUCUUGAUGUCUCUGUGUCUGAACAUUAAUUCACACUGUAUAUACUUGAACUGGGGUGUAAGUGUAUGUAGUGAUCAGUACAGGCUAAUGUGUAUAUAGUAUUGUAUAGCUGCAGGGAUGUGUGUGUAAAUAUACUCUUUGAAACCUAAUUAAACCAAUUUAAACCAAGGAAAGACGGUGUGACCUCCUUAAAGCUUCAUACAUCUUGUUUGAAACCAUUUCAUCUUGGCGUAAAAUGUACAGCUGAAACUGUGUUUUUUUUUUUUUGUUUUUUUUUAAAUAAAGCUUUUGAUUUCCAACCCAAA